CAACACCACGAAAACAGUGAUUGAUUUUGUCAACAGUAGCGAGAAUGCCAUUUUUGUGAUCAAUACCGUGCACCUGAUAUCCCAGUUGUCAGACAACAUCAUCAUAGCUUGUGGUGGUCUCUUGCCUCUUCUAGCAUCUGCCACAUCACCAAAUCAUGAACUUGACGUUAUUGAGCCAACACAAGGAAUGUCUAUUGAAGUGGCGGUAGCAUUCCUCCAGAGGCUGGUGAAUAUGACAGAUGUUUUGGUGUUUGCAUCGUCUCUUAGUUUCAGUGAACUGGAGUCUGAGAAAAACAUGUCCAGUGGAGGAAUCUUAAGGCAGUGCCUUAGGCUUGAUUGUAGCCAGAUAUUUUUAGUUUUUAUAUUUAAGUUAGUAUAUGCAUUUAAAUCCCUGAGCACAUCAUCUGGCUUCCUUGACUACAACACUGCUCUGUAUGUAGUUAAUGUGGAUGAGACUAAACAAGCCCAGUUCAUAGCCUUGGCUGUAGUUUACUUUAUAUCCGUAUUGAUGGUGUCUAAGUAUCGAGACAUUCUCGAACCUCCACCAACUCCUAGUCCUCAGAUAACUACCACUCCUUCCAAACCUAGUGACCCUGCACAGUUAGAAACCACUUCUAUUUCUUCCCCUAGUGAGAAAACCCAAGAAAACAUCUCUACACCUGCUGAUGUUUCUCAGACAGAUGGAAUCAACAGAACUUUCACAAGGCAGUUGACUACAUCCCUUUCUCAGGAUGGAGAUGUAAUUAUAGUAGAGGACACAGAUUCAAGUGUUCUUGCUAAUAUACAUUCCAGAGGAGCAGGAGUUACAGUGCAUUCACGAGAAGAUAGAACUUCCUUGGAUACAAAAGCUUUAAAUGAACAUCAUUCUGAGGAUUCACAGGUAUUGGACCAAUCUUCCCAGAAGAGAGAAAAGUGUCAUAAUGAAUCUCAGUUUGCUGAAGAAGUGCCUGCAGCUCAUAAUGUUGGACUUUCUGAACGUGUAGAUGUGAUGACCACUUCGACAAGUGUUGCUGAGUCGAGACCAGGUACUCUCCAUCUGUCUACCUUGAGUGCUCCGGAUGGGCUUGUAAUGUCACGGGAAACAACACUUACCCAUCAGUUGGAAACAGCCCUUGGAAGUGUUUGUCCUUUAUUAAGAGAAAUUAUGGUUGAUUUUUCUCCUUUUCUAUCUCGUACGUUAGUUGGAUCACAUGGUCAAGAUCUCCUUAUAGAAGGCAAAGGUCUUGCAACAUUUAAAAACAGUACAUCAGUAGUUGAGCUUGUGAUGCUCCUUUGUUCCCAGGAAUGGCAGAAUUCUCUUCAGAAACAUGCAGGUCUGGCUUUCAUAGAGCUUAUCAACGAAGGGAG